AUGCACGCGGGGCUCCUGGGGCUCUCCGCCCUGAUGCUGGCGGCCGAGCAGAGCGCGCGCCUCUGCGCCGCCGUGUACUACUUCGCCACAGGACAGCUGCUCUGGGCGUGGCUGACCUUCGCGGUGCUGCUGCCCGGCUUCCUGGUCCAGGGCCUGAGCUACCUGUGGUUCCGAGCAGACGGACAGCAAGGUCACUGCGGGCUGGUCACGCUGCACCUCCUGCAGCUCGGCGUGUGGAAGCGGCACUGGGACGUCACCUCCACUGUGCUGGGGAAGGCACCCCGCCCGGGCCCGCGGCUGCUGCUGCUCCUGGAGGCCGACCUGUCCGCCCUGCGCCUCCUGGAGGCCCUGCUCCAGACCGCGCCCCACCUGCUGCUGCAAACCUGCGCUCUCCUCGCCUCGGACUUCACAGACGUUGUGCCAGGGGUGAGCGCCCUGUGCUCCUGGGCCGCGCUGUCCUGGGCCCUGGUGUGCUGCACCUGGUUCGCCGGCUCCGUGAAGCCGGGCCCCCUCCCCGCGCCGGGGGCUGCCCUCGCCUGCCAGCAGCUGUGGAGGAUGGGCAUGGUGGGGGCCCGCGUCCUGACUCUGGCGCUGUUCUUCAGGGCCCACCACGCCUGGGGGCUGGCCGUUGUAGGGGCCCACUGGCUGGGGAUGACGUUCUGGCUGGUGGCCCAGCAGAGCGACCUCGUGGACGGCACCUGCCACUGGAGGCUGUUCAACCUGCUCGUGGGGGCCGUGUACACCCUCUGCUACCUCGACGUGCGGGACAGCCCUUCCAGGAACCGGAUGGCCGCAUUCUACACGGUCAUGCUGCUGGAGAACAGCGUCCUGCUGCUGCUGUCCACUGACUUCCUCCAGGGGGCGUCGAGGACCAGCCUGUGGGCCGCGGCGGGAGCCUGGGCGGGAUUCCUGAUCGGCAGCGUCUCGCUGGUCACCUACUACGGCCUGCUCCACCCUAGGUGCUCGGACAUCCGGCGGGGCCUCGUGGGGAAGUCCUGCGGCGUCGCAGGGGGCGACACGCCAGAGAGAGGAUCUGCUCCCCCGGCCACCGCGGUAUCUGGGGAGAGGCCGGGGACCCCAGGCCCAGGGGAAGGGUAUGAGCUGACAAGCCUGGAGAAGCCCCCCAGCCCGCAGUGGGCGCCCCCAGAGGCUGGGCUGGAAAGCCAGGGGGCCGGGGGAGACUCGUUCUUCACGCACCACCACUGGCUGCUGCUGAAACUUGCCCUGAAAACGGGAGACGUGUCGAAGAUCAACGCAGCCUUUGCCAAGGGCCAGGCUGGCUGCCUCUGCUCCCCCGCGUGGGGGCUGAGCCCACACGACAACCGGCAGAGGGGGAGGGCGCGGCUCUCCCAGCAACAGCCCCCCUCGCCACCCCAGGGCCCCCUGGCCUUGGAGAAGGGCGCCGAGCUCCCCACUGACCUGACAGCAGGGGCCGACUCGUUGGAGACGUCGAGUUACGUCUCUGUGGACAGUGGCGGUUAUGACAAAGCUCCUGUCCAGAAGCCAUCAGCCACCCGGCAGGAGGACAGCCCGGGGGAAGGAGCGGGGGCUGUUUCUGGGGUGCGAGAAGGAGGCUCGGGGGGGCUGCAGGGAGGAGGGGAGGAGAGCACCACACUGUACUUCAGUGCCACUUCGGCUGAGGUGGCCGCGACCCCACACCAGGAAGGGGCGCGGGCCGCGCCGCAGACCCUGGGGGAGGGCAGCCCUGCUGGGCCGGCCUCACCGCAGCCGGCCACGAAGCCCUUCCCCGUCACCAUGGCCAACAUCAGCCCGAUCCUAGGCCCGGGCCCGGCCAGAAGGUUCCGCCCCAGCCCCAGCGCAGUCCUGCCCGGUGGGGCGCUGGGUGGCUCCAAGGGUGGGGAGGAGCCAGAGCCCACGAGGGACCUGGAUCGUCCUGCCACGGCCAGCCCCGGGACGUCCUGGUCCAAGGGGAGCCUGAGACCCCCCGACACGCCCCACCUCACGUCCACCCCCAAGGCGGAGUCCCCUCCCACGGCCGCAGCGGGCAGGAGGAGUGUGUGGUGCUCCCGGGACCCCAGCCACGCUGCCCGCCAGAGCCCUGGAGUCACCGAGCGGUCAGGGACCUGUGCCCCCUUGACCACACAAGAAGUCCCCUUGACCACCUCCACCCUGCUCUGGGUCCUGGCUCACCCCCCAGCAAACGCAUACUGGAUCCACCUGGAGCUGUAA